AUGGGGUACACAAACAGUAACAGUAUGCACGUAACUCAAAUUCCUUUUCGCACCAGCAAGGAAAACUCUGAAUUCAACUUUAAAGGAAUUAGUGACGGUACUCCAGUGGAUGAGACUGUAGAAAUUUGUUUUUAUUGUGAAGUAUUUCGUGAGCUGAACAUCCUCGUUGACAGUCAGGUGCUUGUGGGUAGAAGGGAUGCAGAUAGUAAGUACACAAUUCUGGAAGCCUACAGGCGUAGAAAACACGAAGAACUCGUGGUUUCGGAGCUGGGGUACUGGGAGAGGUCAGCUGCCGUCGUCUGGAAAGCUGUCCGCGAAGUAGCGGUGAGGAGACUCGACCUGAAGCGCACAAAGGUGGUGGCAUCCAUUGUGGUCACCAACCCAGAGACGCUAGAUCACCUGAAUGAUCUUCACAACAGGCACAUCGAUACAGUCACUAAGCUCAACUACCUUCUCCUCCUGCACGCAACUGACGUUUUGAAUGCUAGCCUGGAGCUGAUAGUGGCGGACGAGUGGGGCUACGAGUCGAACGGCUCGUGGAGCGGCAUGGUGGGCAGCCUGCAGCGGUCAGAGGCAGACGUCGGCGGGACGGCGCUGUUCGUCACGGCGGACCGCAUGCGGCUCAUCGACUACAUCGCCAUGACCACGCCCUCCGUCGCGGCGUUCGUGUUCCGGCAGCCGCCGCUGUCGCUGGUGAGCAACCUGUUCACGCUGCCCUUCAGCCGCGCCGUCUGGGCCUCGGCGGCAGCGCUGGUGGCGAUGUGCGCCGCUCUGCUGCUGGCCGCCACCCGCUGGGAGUGGCGCCGCGGAGACCCGCAGCUGACGUGGGGCGAGGUCGCCAUGCUCGCCGUGGGAGCCGUCUGCCAGCAGGGUUCCCCAGCAGAGAGCCGCGGCGUGCCGGGCCGCAUCGUGACGUUGUCCCUGCUGGUGACGGUGAUGUUCCUGUACACCUCCUACUCGGCCAGCAUCGUGGUGCUGCUGCAGUCCACCACCACCUCCAUCCGGACGCUCGCCGACCUGCUCUACAGCCCGCUCGGGCUCGGCGUCCACGACAUCGUCUACAACAGGCACUUCUUCCCGGCGGCAGAUGAACCGGUGCGGCGCGCGCUGUACCGGCAGAAGGUGGCACCCCCGGGCUCCGAACCGCACUUCAUGACGCUGGAGGAGGGCGUGCGGCGCAUGCGCACCGAGCCGUUCGCCUUCCACUCGGAGCUGAGCCCCGCCUGGCAGCUGGUGCAGGAGACGUUCCGCGAGGAGGAGAAGUGCGGCCUGCAGGCCAUCCCCUUCCUGCAGCUCAUACACCCAUACAUCGCCGUGCAGAAGAACGGCGCCUACAAGGAGAUGUUCAAGAUAGCGUACCGGCGCAUCUGGGAGUGCGGCCUGCAGCACCGCCAGCUGUCCCGGCUGUACACGACGCGGAAGCCGCGCUGCGCCGCGGGCCGCGGCAGCAGCUUCGUGUCGGUGGGCAUCGCCGACUGCUACCCGGCGCUGCUCGUGCCCGUCUACGGCGUCGCCUUCGCCGUCGUCGCCCUCUUGCUCGAGAUACUAUUCCACCGCAGAGCUAUGAAUGUUGUUUCUGGUAACAUGGAGAUGCCUAGUGAUGUCACAGACUUUACUCAGGACCUUUAA